AUGUUUCCGGGGUCAUCUUCGUAGGGAGAUAGCUUCCCCUCUGAGCCUCCAGACCCGAGGAUGGCUCCCAAACUUCCAUGGCAGAGGGGGGGAGGGGAGGGGAGGGGCAGGAGCGUGGCCUCACUGUCCCAGGAUGGGCCGAACCAGCGACCCCUCCCCCGGCCUCUGAGGAGGGAGAGGGAGCUGGGAGCAAAGGGCUCAGAGAGGGAGGCCAUGCAGGUGACCAGAGAGGCGAUGAAGGCAGGCGGUCCUCGCCCAGUCACUGGGGCGGCGGGUCUGUCCGCAGAGGAUUUCGUGCUUCAGUUCAAGGCUUACUGUUACUUCACCAACGGCACGCAGCUGGUGCGGCAUGUGUGUAGAUAUAUCUACAAUGAUGAGGAAUACGCUCACUUCGACAGCGACGUGGGGGAGUUCGUGGCUGUGACGGAGCUGGGGCGGCCCGAUGCUAAGUACUGGAACAGUCAGAAGGAAAUCCUGGAGGAACAACGAGCCAUUGUGGACACGGUGUGCCGACACAACUACGAGAUAGAUAAGCCCUUCACGGUGGACAGAAGAGUCCAGCCCAGAGUGACCAUCUCCCCCUCCAAGACAGAGGCCCUGCAGCACCUGCUGGUCUGCUCUGUCACUGGCUUCUAUCCAAGCAAGAUCAAGGUCACCUGGCUCAAGAAUGGGCAGGAGGAGACAGCUGGGGUUGUGUCCACGGGUGUGAUACAACAUGGAGACUGGACCUACCAGAUCCUAGUCAUGUUGGAAAUGAUUCCCCAGAGCAGAGACAUCUACACCUGCAGUGUGGAGCAUGCCAGCCUGCAGAGCCCCAUCAGUGUGGAAUGGAGAGCACAGUCUGACUCUGCCCAGAGCAAAUUGCUGAGUGGAAUUGGAGGCUUUGUCCUGGGGCUGAUAUUGCUAGGUGUAGGACUGUUCAUCCACCUCAAGAACCAGAAAGGACGCACUGGGCCUCAGCCUACAGGCCUGCUGAGGUGACCUUUGGAUUGCAUCCUUCCAAGACAGUGCCUUCCAUCCCUGCUUUCCUGGCCAGGAUCCCUAGUCAUCCAGGAGGGAGGAGCAGCUGAGUCAUUGUCCUGGAGCCAGCUUUCUCCUGUGCCUGGAGGCCAUUUGCCAUCCUCCAUCUCCCAACAGACCCUGUAGUUUCCCCCUUCUGUUCUGGAUGUUAUCUACCCUCUCUUGGUUCAGGGCCUCAGGGAGAAGGAAGUCUGCUUCUGCUGUUCCCAUACAGACUCCUUCUUUGUUACACUGCUACCCUUUCUGCAUUAAUCCCAGUCUUUUCUCUGUAUUCUUCCUAAAUAAAUAAUGUGUCAUCUGUAUCAUU